AUGCAUUCAUGUAGACAGUUAUUAUAUAGUCCGGCACGAUGGAAAUGUGCAUUACCGAUAAACCUUAAAACAACAGUGCUCAACAUUAAACCAGAACAGUACACAGCACUAGAAUGCCGGCACUACUCUCGGAAGGGCUUUUUCUCCUCAAUUAUCGAAAACAUCAAGGAGGACAUGGCCAAGAAUAAAGAGAUGAAAGAAAACAUCAAGAGAUUCAGAGAGGAGGCUCAGAAACUAGAGAAUUCUGAAGCCUUGCAGGCAGCCAGAAGAAAGUUCCAUGCGGUUGAGUCAGAAGCUUCGAAAAGUUCCGAAGUGCUGAAGGAAACCUUCGAGGGCAUCAAAGGGAAGAUGGAACAUGUGAUAGAAGAGGCUAGCAAAACUGAAAUUGCUAAGAAAGCAGGAAGAAUAACUGAAGAUAUAUCAAAGACAGCAAAGGGUGCUGCAGAGAGUAUAGCAGACACAAGCCAGAAGCUGGGACAGACCAGUGCAUUCAAAACCAUCUCACAAGCUACGGCGGUAGUGAAGGAGGAGAUCUCAGCUCGAGGGCUGGAGGGGCGAGUCUACACCGCGCCACACUCUCUACGGAAACGUGUCGAGGUGGCAGCUGACUCCCGCACGUUCACGCCGGACACGACCACCAUGGGCGUGGAGCUACACAAAGACUCCAAGUUCUACCAGCAGUGGGAGAACUUCAAAAAUAACAACCAAUAUUUUAAUAAGGUCCUUGACUGGAAGAUAAAAUACGAAGAGUCUGACAACCCCGUAGUGAAGGCAUCUCGUUUCAUGACCGAGAAAGUCGGCAGUCUAUUCGGCAACAUAUUUGAGAAGACUGACCUGUCCAAAACAUUAACCGAAAUAUGCAAGAUCGACCCCAACUUUACCUCACAGAAAUUCAUCGAAGAUUGCGCGAACGAUAUCAUACCGAACAUUCUAGAAGCCAUGGUGAGAGGGGACUUGGAUAUACUCAAGGAUUGGUGCUACGAGGGCGUGUUCAACAUCCUGGCCACGCCUAUCAAACAGUGCAAGCAGCUGGGCUAUCGGCUCGACUCCAAGAUCCUCGACAUCGAACAGAUAGAACUCGUCAUGGGGAAGAUGAUGGACCAGGGCCCAGUUCUAGUCAUCACAUUCCAGUCGCAGCAGAUCAUGUGCGUCAGAGACAGUAAGAACAACGUGAUCGAGGGCUCUCCGGACAAAGUGAUGAGGGUGAACUACGUGUGGGUCCUCUGCAGAGACCCCCAGGAAGUGAAUCCUAAGGCUGCGUGGAGACUGCUCGAGCUGUCCGCCAACAGCGUCGAACAGUUAAUAUAG